ACCAAACCCCUCCUUUGUGUCUUUGGCGCCGUUCCUAUAUAAAGAGGAGCAGACGAGCCCCCUCUUUUAAUUAUUUCUACAUUUUUUACAACUUGGCGUUUUUUUGUGCUCUUUAGUCACCAUGGACAUGAAGAAGAGGCUCACCUUGGAGCUGAGGAACAGGAAGGCGGCUGAGGUUAAAGAGAUGGUUUUGGAUAACUGCCGCUCAGAUGAUGGCAAAAUUACAGGCCUCACAUCAGACUUUGGGAACUUGGAGUUCCUGAGCAUGAUAAAUAUCAACUUAUUAUCGGUGUCCAAUCUUCCAAACCUUGGGCAAUUAAAGAAGUUGGAACUCAGUGACAACCGGAUUUCUGGAGGUUUAGAGGUUCUUGCAGAGAAAACGCCAAACCUGACACACUUAAACCUCAGUGGAAAUAAAAUUAAGGACAUUAACACUCUUGAGCCACUGAAAAAACUGACUAAUCUCAUGAGUUUAGACCUGUUCAACUGUGAAGUGACCAUGCUGAACAACUACAGAGAGAGUGUAUUUGCAUUGCUGCCUCAGCUUACUUACCUUGAUGGCUUUGAUGCUGAUGACCAGGAAGCUCCAGAUUCUGACCCAGAACCAGAUGGAGAAGAUGCAGAUGAAAAUGGAGAAGAUGGAGAGGAUGAUGAAGAUGAAGAAGAACUUGAUGAAGAUGAACUUGAUGAGGAGGAUGAAGAUGGAGUGGAUGAUGAGGAGGAUGUGGAAGAAGAGGAGGAAGGAGAGGAGGAAGAGGAUGAAGAUGAUGAUGUACCCCAGGGAGAAAAACGAAAAAGGGAUUUGGAAGAUGAAGGAGAGGAUGACUUUGAUGAGGAGGAAGAAGAUGAUGAAUAAAAUACAAAAGGCUACUGGAUCUUUUUAUAUGGACUGUCUGGGCUGGCCACCAGUGCAUGUGACAGUGUCUGCUGAUGGGUCACUGUAUACCGCUGUUCACCGCCACCCUGUUCAACUUUUUUGUUUUCCCUUUUUGUGUAGAUGUGUAGGGUUGAGAGAUGAGACUAUUAUGGUCUGAAAAACUUUUGUUUGCCGCUUUAUAUUUAAAGAUGGCCAUCUGAGCUAUUUGCGGUGUCAGAUCGUAGGACGCCCUCCACCCCCUUACCCCAUAUUUUUUUUAACCCUCUCGCCCUGGAAUUUUCUGUGAAAGUUCUGUGGUUCCUCUGAUCUGUGAAUGGUGCACGGCUGUUUAAAUCUGAGGAUGAUUCCAAAGACAGUCUCCCUCCCUCUAUCCUGCAUCCUUUUGUUAGUCAUGCCUUAAUGUCAAUGUGUUCUGCUUUGUUUUUCUCCCAGAUUACAUGUAUAUGAUUAACAUUUGCGUAUUUUGGCAAUAAGAUUUCCAUUGAAAUUGUAAAAUUACAAGCUUUGUCUUUUCAACAGUUUGAAUUACUUCCCACUUGACACAUUUGAUGUGGUGGUUAAUACUGCUGAAACUUACUUAUAAAUAUAAAACCACAAAUCAUUCAAGGUAGAGGGUUUUUCUGGUUCUGAGAGUUUGAAUUGGAAAGGAUCAGUCCAGAACUUAAUAGGCCAUUUAUUUUUUUAAAGAGUGAUAAGUGUUGCUUUGAACAACCAGAUUUUCUGUACAGAAGUGAUCAGUUUUCUAGGUAGUUGUAACGGCUUAAAGCGUUUGCUUUUGGUUUCUUUUGCAAUGUCACUGAAUGACUUGCCUGUUGUAAGGAAUUCUGUCCCAAUGCAACCGAUGCCCAUUUCGUAAAUAUUCCAUACUUUUGAAUACAUUGCUUAAGCUAGAAAUGUCCCUUCUCACCUAAAGCAAACAGAUGGGUCUGCGGUGUCCUAUUUAAACAUUUGUUUGUUUUGUUUUUUUUCUCUGUGUACAUGACCAUAAAGUGUUGGUUGCAAGAGUAUUUCAUUGCUUAUUAGCAGUGUUGUGCUGACUUGGCCCUUGUAACUCUACAAGAGGGGAUAUCAUGGCUUUCACAAUGCUAUAAAUUGGCAGUUUCACUUGAUUACUGUUCUCUCGCCAUUUGGGGUUGUGGGAAUCACUUUGGGUAAAAAAAUAAAUCAUUUGACCUAUGAAAUGCCCCUGUUUUUUGUAUCUAGUUGUUGCAGAAAGCCUUUUUAAUAAUAAAAAAAAUAUUUUGGGGUUUUUAAAUUGCUUGUCUUAUUACUGGGAUUUAAUUGAUGUAUCUUAGUGGGGGAUCUGUACAAUGUUAGAACUGAGAAACUUUCUAAAGAGCUUUUUUUUUUUUGCUUGGGCUACUCUAGUGCAUUUUGCUUAGGCUUCUUUUAAUGCCAAAAUCUACCUUUUGUGGUUUCUUGCAUCACGUCACAGUUGGGUAAUUGAGGGAAGAUUGCUUGUAGAAAGAAUGGUGUCUUGUUAAAAUACUGCACUAUUUGGUUAAUGUUCUAUAAAGAGAAUAUUUACAUUCAA